AUUCAUUAAAUGUUGUUCUUUUUUUCUUACCAAGUGAAUAACAGCCGCUUACGUUCCGAUGUAGCGCCAAAAGGGACGUGAGGAGACCUAAAUCUAGCGAUCUAACGUAGCCUAGUUGAUAGCUGAUUCGCUAGGUGCACAACAAUGGAAUUAGAAUUUCCGGGUUGUCUGCGGUGAGCUAGACCACUUCCGGUCACUGCUUUCGUCGUUAGCGCCCUCUAGCUUACCUGACAACCGUGGUCCAGCGUACUGUAAACAAACAUGAGUCUUUUUGGUAAUAAAGCCGGUAAGCGUUUAAAACUUCAGCACCAAGAAAAGAAGACUUCUCUUCACUGCUGUGUACUGCUGUGUACCAAUUCAUCGAGGUAUAACUCAAUCCUGAGUUUUCAUCGUUUCCCUGUGGAUGAAGAGGUGAAGUCUGUGUGGACAGCAAAGAUUCGACGGGAGGACUUCUCCCCAACUGACGGUACUCGAGUGUGCAGUGUUCAUUUUUUACCUGGGGAUUUUGUGGGACCGCGACAUUUGAAGAAGGGCGCAGUACCAUGUCUGUUCGCCUGGAACAAAUUUUCUAUUCCGACACCCAGGCUCAAUGUCUGGCAACGUCAUCCGAGACCUCCGACCCCAGAGUUACUGCCGGCGGACACGACUGAAGAAGAGGACAGCGUUCAGCCUAUGGAAGUCACCGUUACCGACCACGACUGCUGUGUCACUCCCAACACCUCCGUGGUAGUUUAUGAGCUGACCAGGGAAAACGAGAAACUCAGGGAGAAGAUUGAGCAGCUCCAACACCAGCUGGAGUCUCUGCAGCUGCGGUCAACUUUUGGACUCCAACGCAUCGCCGGAUCCGACGAGGAUAUUCGCUUUUAUACAAGAUUUGCAUCGUACAAAUCUUUCCUGGCCUUUUGGAAACAAGUGGAGCCAGCUGCAAACACAAAAUUUGUCAGAAUCUCCUCAGCCAAUGCUGCCUCAGGUAUCCCACACCGAGCUACAAAACUGCUACUCGUCGAUGAAUUGCUGCUAUUUCUGAUGUAUCUUUCUGUGGGCCUGCCUCUGAGGGAUCUGGCCAAUCGUUUCUCAAUUCACCGGACCACCGUCAGCAGGAUUAUCACAUCAUGGACUCACUUUCUGUAUCACCUGCUGGGCUCCAUUCGCCUGUGGAUACCACCAGAGGAUGUCAAAGCACACCUCCCACCAGAAUUUGCUGCAUUUCCUGACACACAAGUGAUCCUGGACUGCACAGAGAUAUGUUGCCAGACCCCCUCCUCUCUCCUUCUGCAUAGCGAGGUUUAUUCUUCAUAUAAAUCUCAUACUACCUUCAAAGCUAUGAUUGGCAUCGCUCCCCAUGGUCCCAUCACCUUUGUUUCCCCGCUGUAUGCAGGCUCAAUGAGUGACAGGGAAAUCUUCAAAUUGUCUGGUAUAACCAAAUGCCUCACACCAGAAAUGGCCAUUAUGGUGGACAAAGGCUUUCUAGUGGACAACCUUGUCGCUGGAAAGGUUUAUCGACCUGCCUUCCUGGUAAAGAACACCCAGAUGGCCAAAGAGGAUGUCCAGCACACUCAGUCCAUUGCCCGCCUCAGAGUCCACGUUGAGAGGUGCAUCAGGAGGGUGAACAAACUGUUUGAAAAGGUCAUACCUCUGUCCAUCUCUGGGUCUAUUGACCAGCUGUUUUCAGUUGCUUGCCUCUUGGUAAAUUACCAGUAUGGGCCCCUUGUCAAGGCAUGGGCAACCCAACAGUGAUAAGUCUGUAUUCAAUACCAGACUGGCACCUGUUUGGACUUUUCUCUUCAUGGAAAGAGAAGACAUCCAAUUUGUUGAUAAAAGAAAUUGUAAAACUUCUGGACUAUUACGUACCUUUUUAGUUUGUAACAUUUCCAGUAAUUACGUAAAUUACUACAGACAAAAAUGUUUUCAGAUUACAUUAUGUGCUUACAUAAUUGCAAAAGGGUUCUUGACUGUUGUAGAAAGAAGUGGCUGAUCUUUAAUGCAAUAUCUACAUUACCCAUUAUCAGCAACCAUUCAUCCAAUGUUCCAAAGGCAUAUUCUGUUUGCUAAUCUGAUAUUAUUUUAAAAGGAUAACUGAGAAAACAUCGGAGAACCCUUUUGCAAUUAUGUAAACACAAUGUAAUCUGAAAACUGCUGCUCUGGUGAAAAAAACAAAGCAACUGAUCUCAGCUGGUAUUCUGUUUAUAAUGGAGUGGAAUGGACAUUUCUAAGUGACCCCAAACUUUUGACCGGUAGUGUAUUUCUCAGGAGUUGGUGGCCCUAUUCUGCACUGCGAUUAAUGUGUUUUAUAGUUUUACAGUCGUUCUUAUUUCUUGCCAUGGGGUUAAAUCCACCUGCUGUAGCAUGUCAACCCUGUGGAAACGUACACAUCCUUCCUUACAUACACUCUAUUUGCAAUGGUCUGUCUCUCAUUACAGAAGAUAUCAAAAAUGCAGAGGUGUAAUAAUUUAAUCCAACUUCGGAGGUUUUUGCCUGGUACAUUUCAGGGCUUUGCAGGACGGCUCAGGUUGUUUCCAGAGAGAUUUCCAUGGUUUAAUUCAAACACGAUUUGAGAAAAUAAUUUCACUCUUUUCUUAUAGCAAAUAUUGAUUAGUGUAAUUUUCACUUAAA